AUGGCUGCCUCUAUGAGAUGGCAUGAAGAAGGCCGAACAAAGGAUGGAAUCUUAAGACAUCCAGCUGAUGCUUUGGCAUGGAAAUCAUUUGAUUCUUGUCAUCCCGAUUUUGCUUCUGAUCCUCGUAGUAUUAGACUUGGAUUAGCUAGUGACGGGUUCAAUCCUUUUAGGACAAUGAGCUCUACUUAUAGCACAUGGCCCGUUGUUUUGAUCCCUUAUAACUUACCGCCGUGGUUGUGCAUGAAGCAAUCAUCAUUGAUAUUAUCGAUGGUUAUUCCUGGUGAGAAGGGUCCAGGUAAUGAUAUCGAUGUCUUUUUACAACCUCUAAUUCAUGAAUUGAAAAAGUUAUGGGAAGGUGUUGAUGCAUUUGAUGCUUUUACGAAGCAAAACUUUAAUAUGCGAGGAGCUUUAAUUUGGACUAUUAAUGAUUUUCCUGCUUAUGCUAACUUAUCUGGUUGGAGUACAAAAGGGCGAAAUGCUUGUCCUUGUUGUCUCAAUUCAACUGAUUCACGUUGGUUAAAGAAUGGAGGAAAAUUCUGUUACAUGGGCUAUCGUAGAUGGUUAGAACAAAACCAUCCUUUUAGAUUUCAAAAAGAUGACUUUGAUGGUUCCAUAGAACUGCGAACUGCUCCAAACUCUCCAUCUGGAAGUGAUAUACUUCGGCAACUAGAAGGAAUCAACCACAACUACAAUUUUGACGAUGUCGAUGAGUAUAUUAUUGAUUCUCAUAAUUAUGAUGAGGAAGGAAUGCGUGCAGAAGAACAACUAUGGAAAAAAAAAAGUAUUUUCUUUGAUCUACCCUAUUGGAAAGAUAAUCUUCUUCGACAUAAUUUAGAUGUAAUGCACAUCGAGAAAAAUGUUAGUGAUAAUCUUAUUGGUACUAUGUUGAAUAUUUCUGGAAGGACUAAGGACAAUUUGAAAGCACGUCUUGAUCUAAAAGAUAUGGGUAUAAGGCAUGACCUUCAUCCAGAGGUGAUGCCUAAUAAUAAAGUCCAUAUACCACCUGCAUACUAUACUAUGUCAGCGCAAGAAAAAGUCACAUUUUUAACUGUUUUGAAGAAUCUCAAAGUUCCAGAUGGUUAUGCAUCUAAUAUUUCAAGAAGGGUGAAUUUAAAAGAGCGAACACUUUCAAAUCUUAAGUCGCAUGAUGGUCACAUUCUGAUGCAAGAUAUUUUGCCAAUAGCUUUGAGGGCGGCUAUGCCUAGACAAGUUGUAGCAGUUAUUUCUGGAUUGUCAUCAUUUUUUAAAUCAUUAUGCUCAAAGGCUCUUAAAGUUGAGGAACUUGAUCAAUUACAAUCUCGUAUUGCGUUGACACUUUGUCACAUGGAGAAGAUCUUUCCUCCUAGUUUUUUUACCAUUAUGAUUCAUCUAAAUAUUCAUUUAGUAGCAGAGGCAAAAUUGGGUGGACCUGUACAUUACAGAUGGAUGUACCCUAUUGAAAGGUAUUUGGUGCGCUUAAAGUCUUAUGUGCGCAAUAGAGCUCAACCUGAGGGCUCAAUUGCAGAAGGAUAUAUUGCAGAAGAGUGUCUAACAUUUUGCUCAAGAUAUCUUGAAGGUGUGGAGUCAGUUUUUAAUCGACCACAACGAAACUUUGAUAAUAUGGAGAAUAUAGAUAAUUACAUGUUCUUAUCUGGGGGUCGAGUUCUAGGCAAGAUUGAGAGUGUCGUUCUUGAUAGCAUGUCGAUAGCACAAGCACAUCGAUAUGUUUUACUCCAUUGUGAUAAAAUAGCUUCAUAUCGUGGUGAAUUUUUGGCUGCUCAACGAAGAGCAAAUCCUAACAUUCGAGCUAACCCAAGUAUUGAGCAUAAAUGGUUAGUUGAAAAUUUUCCUGAAUGGCUUCUUGCACAGGUUCCACAAAUGGCCGAGAGAAACUGUAGUGAUGAAAUUUUAGCAAUUGCCCGAGGUCCAAACAAUAUCGCCAAGCGAUGUAAUGGUUUCAUCAUUAAUGGAUUUAGAUUCCACACGAAGAAUCGUGAGAAGUUCAGAAAAACACAAAAUUCUGGAGUAAUGGUUGAAGCAGAUGGCAAAACUUAUUAUGGCCAACUUACCGAUAUUUUUGAAAUAGAUUACUAUGGAAGUUUUAAGGAUGAUCCAUUUAUAUUUUCAUCUCAAGCGAAGCAAGUGUUUUAUGUUCAAGAUCCAAAAAAUGAGGAAUGGUCUCAUAUCAUUAUGAUAAAGCCAAGAGAUUUAUAUGAUAUGGGAGCAAGAUUACAAGAAGAAGACGAUGAUGAGACAUACACCCAAUGCAUUCCUUUGAAUAUUCCAACUGCUGACGAAUUAAAUAAUUGUACAAGUUGGGCCCGGUCAACUAUUGAUGGAGGACUAAUACAUGAUAUAGGUGGUCUUACAAACUCUUAG